UUGAGCUAAUUGCCAAUUAUAGACUUAUAGUUCUUCCAGACUUCCACCGAAAUUACAAGGACAAGGAGCUCAACUGCUUAACUCCAGGGUUUUCUGCUAAUGGAUUCCCUGCCUUCUGUUCAGAAUUCAGCACAAUCUACUCUACCAAUCAAAACCCAAAAUUCUCAUCGGAAACCGACCAAAAAUUCACGAGCUUUUCUUGCAGCGAAGAAAAAGAAUAAAUUCAAGUAUUCAAUACCUUCUUUCGCUUCAACACUUCCUUCAGACGACUCUUUAAUACUUUCAGAGCAAUCCCCGAGGAAUGUUUCCUCCCAAGAUGUGGAGAAAAACUCUGUUAGAACUUCUUCGUGCAGUUCAACGGUUCCAGUAAGUCAAUCUGCUGGAAUCGAUGUUAUGAUUCAACAGGCGAAGAUAAGCAAAGCUGCUGGGAUUGGUAGUGUGGUUCAACAGGCGAAGAUGAGCAAAGCUUCUGGAAUAGAUAUUAUGAUUCAACAAGCGAAGAUGAGCAAAGCUGCUGGGAUUGAUAGUGUGAUUCAACAGGCGAAGAUAAGCAAAGCUGCUGGGAUUGGUAGUGUGAUUCAACAGGCGAAGAUGAGCAAAGCUUCUGGAACAGAUAUUAUGAUUCAUCAAGCGAAGAUGAGCAAAGCUGCUGGGAUUGAUAGUGUGAUUCAACAGGCGAAGAUGAGCAAAGAUGCUGGGGUUGGUAAUGUGAUUCAACAGGUGAAGAUGAGCAAAGGUUCUGGGAUUGGUAAUGUGAUUCAACAGGCGAAGGUGAGCAAAGCUGCUGCGAUUGAUAGUGUGAUUCAACAGGCGAAGAUGAGCAAAGCUGCUGAGAUUGGUAGUUGGAGUCAGCAGGCGAAGAUGAGCAAAGCUGCUGGGGUUGACAUCGCAAUUAAACAGGCCAAACAAAAUGCAGUUUCACAGCUGCAACAAGAUGGGUGUACUGGUCAUUUUAUAAGCUUUGAUUCUCAGUUUGGUAAUUUUAUUGUUCCUGUAAUUCCAACCAUUUCCGACUUAAAUAAGUAACUUUAAGCUAUCA